AUGAAGUUCACGCUGACCAUCGCGGCUCUGGCUGCCGUCGGAGCUGCCGCUCCGAUGCCGAUGCCCACCCCGCCUGGCAUCCCCUCGGCAUCGAGCGCCAAGACCAAGCUGGCUGCCCUCACUGUCAAGGCCUCCGACUCGGGCAGUGGCUACAAGCGUGACCUUUUCAAGACCUGGGACACCAUUGAGGGUACUUGCAAUACUAGGGAGUUCGUCCUGAAGCGCGACGGUAGUGGCGUAGUGGUCAACUCUGCCUGCCAGGCCACAUCUGGCAGCUGGACAAGCCCCUAUGACGGCGCUACCUGGACCGCGGCCUCGGAUGUCGACAUUGACCACAUGGUCCCGCUCAAGAAUGCCUGGAUUUCUGGUGCCUCCAGCUGGUCUUCAUCGCGACGGGAGGCAUUUGCCAACGAUAUCACCCGGCCGCAGCUCUGGGCCGUGACGGACAACGUCAACCAGGCCAAGAGCGACCGCAGCCCUGACAGCUGGAAGCCGCCUCUGACGUCCUUCUACUGCACCUACGCCCGUUCUUGGGUGGAGGUCAAGUCUUACUAUGGCUUGUCCAUCACCUCCACUGAGAAGACUGCCCUGACUUCUAUGCUCAACACUUGCUAG